AUGGCCGGUCCUUCCAAGUCCGCUCCUCGAAGGUCCACACGAUCCAGGAAGCCGCCUGAAUCUCAGAAUCCCCCUGCUUCAAAGACUGCCACUGAGAGCGACGAAGAUGCGUCCUCCACGACAUUACCCUGCAUCAUAAACCCCUCUACUACAACACCUUCUGCCGCCGUUCGCAACAAGAACGCGCCCCCUGGGGCAGUGCUCUCUGCGACUGUAGCGCGACCCGAGACAGCGCCCUCUGAGAUAGCGCCUAGCUUAUUAUCCAAUUCGAGUAUACUCAGGCACCGACUCCACGAUAAUGUUCAAGAGAUGUACGAGAAGUAUAUGCGUCAUUGUUUAGAGAAAAAGAAUGGAGGCCAUCCAGUCAAAACAAAGACUGGCAUGCUCAAGGUCGCUGUACCAGAGAGCGGACAUGCCGUCUUGUUCCAGCUCGUAUCUACCAAGCACCCCAGUUUCCAGCAAUAUCAGCUCCUGCAAGGAGUGCAGUUCAGUUUCGAUUCACCGGCAUCACUGCGCCGAUUUACUGAUAUUAUACAUCCGAUUCUUUUUGAACAGUGUCGUCAUCGGCAUUUGUUAACAGUUGAAGUCAAGCUGAACAUGUUCAGCACUAAGUGUCUUCCUCGAGCACCAGAGCUGAUGGCUUGGCAGGAAGUUGGGGUUGGUGAUGAUCCCCAUGCUUUUGGAGCGUGGGCCUAUGAGCAUUAUGAUGAUUGGGUGAAAGCCGUAAAGAAGCUGUGCGAGCUCCCAGUGAUAGUCCUAGUCACUCCACGCUUUCUCUUCCCUUAUCGGAAUUUCGACAAUCUUGAAUCGCUUUCGAAAUCACUCCGAACAACCCCGAAAUUAGGAAUAUUGGAUGUUGAAUUUGAAAAGGAUACCUAG